CCUGAAGGCAGCCUAACUUUUCUCAGUACGGUGAGUUUGGCUUGGCGGUGAUUUAUCGUACCAUCUGAACGGUUUGGACGAGUUUAGGAGCCGGGUUUGGCUUUGAAAGGAAGGGAGUGAUUGGACAGUGAGUCAGGAGGAUGAAGAAACUGCACAGCUGAUGACGCUCGGCGGUGGUUUCCUCUAUUUCCCAGGUCAAAUCAGUAAACGUGGUUGUUUUGGAGGAACUUUGACAUGUAGCUCGUCACACUGUGGGAUGUGCACGUCCUGUUCAAGUGUCUCCGCGCUCUGUGAAACUCUGUGAAAAGUUUUUUGUUGUUGUUAUUUUCUGCCACGCAACCGAAUUUUUGUAGCAAAAAUGUUGAAGAACUUGUUUCGUUCUUCUGUCGCGGUGGAGGAAGUUUUUCCAGCGAGGAGUCGGUGGACUUUAGCGGCGGUCGCUGUGGUCCUCCUCGGUUUGUUUGCUUCGUCCUGCUGGGCGGAGGAACCGUCCUGUCACGGAGCCUACGACCUGUACUUUGUUCUAGACAAGUCUGGAAGCGUUGGUGCCGACUGGUUUGAGAUUUACUCAUUCGUAAAGAACCUUACUGACAGAUUUGUGAGCCCGAGGAUGAGAGUCUCCUUCAUUGUUUUCUCUGCCCAAGCACACAUCCUGCUGCCUCUGACUGGAGACAGAUACAAGAUAGAAGAGGGUCUGAGGACCUUGCGGGAUGUGAAACCGGCAGGUGACACAUACAUGCACGAGGGAAUAAAAAAGGCCUCAGAUCAGAUACAGCAACAGGGCACGAAGUCCUCGAGCAUCAUCCUGGCUUUGACAGACGGGAAACUUGAGGUUUUUAUCCAUGAGCUCACAGUGAAAGAGGCUGAUGAGGCACGGAAAUAUGGUGCUCGAGUUUACUGCGUGGGUAUCAAGGACUUUGAUGAGCAGCAGCUUGCUGCUAUUGCGGACACCAAGGACAAUGUGUUUCCUGUCAAAGAUGGCUUCCACGCACUCAAAGGCAUCGUUAAUUCCAUAUUAAAGCGAUCUUGCACAGAGAUCGUGACUGUGGAGCCCUCCAGCGUAUGCGUGAAUGAGUCCUUCGACAUCGUCCUCAGAGGGAAUGGCUUCGCCCCUGGACGCAGCAGUGAAGGCGUCGUCUGCGUCUUCAUGGUUGGCCAACAAACCUUCACUCAUACGCCGAGCGACGUGCGUAAUGAUUAUCUGCUGUGUCCUGCACCAAAGCUCUAUGAAGUCGGACAGACUAUGGAUGUUCUCAUCAGCCUAAACAAUGGCAAGUCCUUCAUCUCCAGCGCCUACACCAUCACCGCUUCCACAUGUUCGGAUGGUUUGGUGGUGGCCAUCGUCUUCCUGGUGCUGCUGAGCCUUGUGGCUCUGGCUCUCAUGUGGUGGUUCUGGCCUCUCUGCUGCAAAGUGGUCAUCAAAGACCCGCCGCCACCUCCUCCACCCUCCCGUCCUCCACCACCUGAGCCAGAACCACUCCCCAAGAAGAAGUGGCCGACCGUGGACGCUUCUUACUACGGAGGAAGAGGAGCUGGAGGGAUCAAACGCAUGGAGGUGCGCUGGGGUGAAAAGGGCUCCACCGAGGAGGGGGCCAGACUGGAGAAAGCAAAGAAUGCCGUAGUGUCCAUGCCAGAGGAUGUAGACGAGCCAAUGAACAAACGCCCCCCCCAGAAGCCUGCCCCCACCCACCAUCGGACAGAGAACAAAUGGUACACUCCCAUCAAGGGUCGUCUCGAUGCUCUGUGGGCUUUGUUGCGUCGACAGUAUGAUCGAGUCUCCCUAAUGCGUCCGACUUCUGGAGACGAGGGUCGGUGUAUUAAUUUCAGCCGUGUGCAGCAUCAGUAGAAGAGAGCUGUGUGAAAACCAACGUGCUGACCGCUGUGGACAAGAGAAGAAUGUCAG